AUGGCGAGGAGGCUCCGCGCCGCCAUGGCCUUGCUGCUGUUCCAGGCCCUGCCCGAAGGCUUGCCCGCCAGCGUGGAGCCUGCCCAGGACAAGGAAACCUGCAUGGGUGUCAACAAUCAAAGUUACAUAUGUGAAACGGGCCACUGUUGUGGACAAUCCCAGUGUUGCAACUACUACUAUGAACUCUGGUGGUUUUGGCUGGUGUGGACCAUCAUCAUCAUCCUCAGCUGCUGUUGUGUUUGCCAUCACCGACGCACCAAGCAUCGUCUCCAGGCCCAGCAGCGGCAACACGAGAUCAACCUGAUCGCUUACCGGGAAGCCCAUAACUAUUCAGCCCUGCCGUUUUAUUUCCGGUUUUUGCCAAAUUAUUUACUACCUCCCUAUGAGGAAGUGGUGAACCGACCGCCGACCCCCCCGCCACCAUAUAGUGCCUUACAUCAGCAGUGCGUCCCAGCAGGCAGCAGUAGCACAAUCCCAGACACGCCAAGAAACCUGCAGCCAGCACAGAGCAGCUCAGCAGCACCCAGCGGCAAUAACAGCAGUACUGACAACACUGGGUGCCCUGGCCUGGGGGAGCCCGAGCCCUCCACCCCCACGCUGGUUGAGCGAGCAGUUGCCAAAAUGCAAAGCGUCGAGCCCAGUGGUACCAGCACGGGAGCUGAGCUGGUGGAGAGGGCCAGUCCCGAUAAGGAUACGGAGUGCAAGGAGGAACUGCUAAAAGGUUACAGCUCUGAGAGCUUAGAGCACAGCAGCGCCAUUCCCGACGCGAAGGACAAGACACCGGGCAGGCAGCGCCGUUUUACCGGUGACUCGGGCAUCGAGGUCUGUGUAUGCAACCGGGGCCAUCACGAUAACGACCUCAAGGAGUUCGACGGGCUCAUCGAUGAUGCUCUGGACGGGCCCCUGGACUUCUGCGACAGCUGCAGUGGCCGCCCCCACGGGGACGAGGAGGAAGGGCUUUUUAAUGCCGUGGAAGAGCAGCACCGCGAACACAACCACCACCACCUGCCCCGGCAGCCGGUGUGUGUACUCUUGAACACAAUAAAUGAGCAGGACUCUCCAAACUCUCGUACCAAUAACUCCCCCAGCUAAGGUGGCAGAGUGGAAGGGAGAAUCGGGGAAAAAACAAAGAAAUAAAAGUGGAAUAAGAGGAUUAAAACUUUAACAGGAGGAAAAGGUGAUACAACCUUUUUUUUUUUAGUUUAUUUUUCUUUCUCCCCCUCCAAUAUAAUUCGGGGACUAGUCCCUGAAGGCCCGGCUUGCGGGGGACGGGUCACUCUGGGUUUUGUUAAUCGUGUCUGUCCUGCUCCGCGGGGCAGGGACUGAUGUUUCUCAAUGAGACCUUCUAACAAAUGGAACUUUCCCAAUGGUGAUUUUGGUGAUGGUUAUUAUGAGUUCGUUGGUUUUAGUUUUCCAAAACACUGCUUUAUCUCGCAAUCAGUAAAGCUCAGCAAAUCUCACCCUGGGAGGAUACAAAAUCACCGUAAGGCUUCAACCUCCAGGUGUCUUCCCAGAAGCAAGCAGCUUCUGACAGUGCCGGCAGUCAGUAGCCCAAGAGUUCUGGUUUGAUAAAGUGCUCUUGAGGCAUUGGGGAUUUCUUCUAUUUUCUUUUCUUUUUCUUUUUUUUUUGGUGUUAAGUUUUCCCAAAGCUGAUGAAUGCCUGAACACAUCAGCCCUGUCAUCUCUGGUGCUUCAGUGUUUAAGACAGCAGGUAGGAAAUUUCCCACUUGAAGCUGGUGACUGAAGGACCGGUUUCUUC